GGUAUUCGUACUCAUGAUGACAGUGGGUAGCGCCGCCGUUAGAAUUCCGGGUUUGAAAAUUAAUUUUUGACAUGCAGUUUGGUUUUUCCGCUCUCUCCGAUUCUCAAACCAGUAGACGUCAAUCCAUACCAACUCAAUUCUGCAAAUCUUGAAGGCACAGAACCUUAUGGUGCUCGUUAACUUUUUCGCGGGAAUAUAUAAAGGACGCUGAGAUUAGUGUGCUUUUGAUAUGGAAAGAGAGAUGGAACUAGGAAUUGACCUUGAAGAACGCGAGGAAGCGACGAUAGCUACAGGUUUAUCGGAGAAUGCCCGGGAAAAUAAUGGAAUUUCGAGACAAAGCGAAACUGACGGAGAUAAGGAGGGCGAAGGGAUCGUUGGUGAUUUUGACAUUUUGGGGAAACGGAAAGGAGAACUAAAUCUUGACCUCAAUUUGCAGCCAGACGAGGGAGGAAUUGUAGGGAUUGGAGAUAGUUUUAAUCUCGAUUUGAGCGAUGAAGUUUCCGAUAACCAAGCGGGAAAGAAACGAUCAGUUGAGAGCAGUGACGCCCGGGGAUGUGAAGGGAGUUUUCUUUUCGGCGUCGAUUUGAGGGAAAUGGAGACAGUCCCUGAUCAUGAACGAGGUAGUUCUUCGAGUAAAAGAAGAAGAUACUCCAUUGAAGAGAGCAAAGCAAAAUUAGAUGAUAGUCAGUCUUUAAUGAGUAUCAAUGAUGUUGGUUCAACUGAUCUUGAUCUUCAAUUGGCUCUGCAGAUAGACCUGGUUGGAGAAGAAUUCGCGAGGGAUAAUACAUUUCGAAUUUCGUCUCCUAUCCCUGGUGAGGUCAAGGAGCGUAAUUUCAUUGAAAUUUUAGAUUCAAGCGAAGAGGAAGAGAAACGGGAGCGUGAAAGGAAAAGAGCGCAAGCCUUAUCAAGCGCAAUGCGGAAAACAUCAUUGAGAAGGGAGGAGACGAGAAGGCAACAUGAGAUUGCGAGAAGGUUCGCACAACGAUUUGCUCAUUUUGACCGUGAAGAGCAGGACUCCUCGGGGUUUUCAAAGAAGGAGAAGGGAACAACAUCAAGUAAAGUUGAGGACCCGGAAGAUAUGCAAGGUCCAUUUUCUUUGGCAAUGGAGAACAUCAAGAAGCGGAAUUCAGGCUCAAAUGCUCGGAGGAAACCCUUAAAUGGUGCAUCUAUACAUGAGUUUAAAUGGGUCCCCUCAAACAACAAAGCAUCUAAUAUCUUGAACCGUAGUGUUCCUUCCCUUCUGGAUCUUAGCAUGAGUGUUCUUGCUAAACACGCUGCAGCAAUGGUAUCCCUUGAACAUGUCCCGGAUACACUGAGGCAUAAGCUAAGUCGGUUGCUCUGUGACUCCAGGACAAUGCAUGCUCAUUUCCUUGAGCUCCUUGCCCGAGGCUCUCCAACGGAGAUACGUGUGAAGGACUGCACAUGUUUGACAGAAGAAGAGUUCACCAAAGUAUUUGGUACUUGUGACACAAGGAACUUGAUUGUGCUCCAACUUGACCAUUGUGGAAAAUGUAUAUCUGAUACCAAGUUACGUGAUACCUUAGCAUGUUCAUCAUGUUGCCUCCCUGCAUUAGCCACUAUCUCUUUGGUGGGUGCAUAUCGUUUAACAGAUGCCGGGCUAACUGCAUUGUUUGCAUCCGCACCUGCACUGCAGUCUAUAAAUUUGCGCAGCUGCUCUCUUCUAACUGCUUCUGCAAUCAAUGCUUUAACAAGCAACUAUGAAUCUACUUUAAGAGAGCUGUACUUAGAUGAUUGUCAAAACAUAGAUGCUGGCCAUAUUUUACCUGCACUGAAGAAACUCAAAGCUCUGGAAGUGUUGUCAGUGGCUGGAAUUGAGACUGUUUGUGAUGAUUUUGUCAUUGGAAUGGUCGAAGCAUGUGGUGUAAAUAUGAAAGAGCUUUCCUUUGCCAAUUGUCGAGCAUUGACGGAUAAUUCCCUGGAAAAUGUGGGGAAAUAUUGCCACAGAUUGUGUGCCCUUGACCUCUCACACUUGCAUAACUUAACAGAUUCAGCAAUAAAGUAUAUUGCCAAUGGUUGCCAAUCAAUUCAUGUGCUUAAACUUUGCCACAAUAGUUUCAGUGAUGAAGCUAUUGCUGCCUUGUUAGAAGUCUUGGGAGAUUCUCUCAAUGAACUUUCACUGAAUAAGAUCAGUAGGAUUGGGGACGCGACUGCUUUGUCACUUGCCAAAUGUUCAAGAAAUUUAUGCAGUUUGGACCUUUCAUGGUGCCGCAACUUAACUGAAGUGGCAGUUAGGCUGAUUGUUGAUAGCUGCUUGUCACUGAGAUUGCUCAAACUGUUUGGAUGCUCACAGAUUACGAAUGUCUUCUGGAAUGGGCACUCAAAUCCCAUUGUGAAGAUUGUUGGAAUGAAAAUGACCCCAAUGUUAGAACAUAUCAAUGACCCUGAACCCCAGGAAGCUCCAUUGCGCUAUUCUCCAACAACAAUUUAUGCUUAGCUGCAUCUUCUAGCUUCUUCUUUACCCAUAAUGCUAUACAAAGAAAGUCUUCCUGGUCUUGAUUUGACAGAAGUACUGAAAACAGAAGUGUUUUCAUUAUAAAGCCAUGUCCUCUUUGCAGGUAGUUUUGCUCUCGGAUAUCCUUUUUGCUAGAACACAGUUAACCAAUACAUAUAGCUUUUCAUUUGUGAAUUUUAAGAUUGAAUGUCUAAUGCAUUCAUAAGCUGUAUGAAGUAGAUAGGAUGUUGAAUAAUUUCAACGAUCAAAUUAUUAAGCUCCUGAUACUGUUGGUGA